CUCCACACUAAGUAACAUGUCCCAUUUUCACAAAAUCAAGAUCAAAAUGAAUUUCUCCAGAAUUAAUUCAAUGUUCAUCAUUUAUCCCUUAAUAGCCUUAACUCUUUUUGCUCAUUUCUCCAUAUCCCAAAACUCUCCUCAGGAUUUUCUUCAUGCCCACAACAAGGCUCGUGCAGAAGUUGGGGUGCAUCCCCUAGUAUGGAAUCAAACAGUUGCAGCCUAUGCCCUAAACUAUGCACACAAAAGAUAUGGAGAUUGCAAUUUGGAGCAUUCACAAGGUCCCUAUGGCGAAAACCUGGCCGAGGGGUAUGGGACGUUGUCGUCGGUGGAUGCAGUGAAUAUGUGGGUUGGGGAGAAAUCUUGCUAUGAUCAUGGGUCGAAUUCUUGCGUUGGGGGAGAAUGCCUGCAUUAUACUCAAGUUGUUUGGCGUGACUCGACUCAUCUUGGUUGUGCUAGAGUUCAAUGCCAUAAUGGUUGGUUGUUUGUCAUAUGUAGCUAUGAUCCUCCAGGAAAUUACAUUGGCCAACGUCCUUAUUAAUAGGAUAAUAUUUAAUAGAUGUUGUAAAUCAUGUGUGGUACGAUGAUGUAUCGCCAUGAUAUAAAAUAAUACUCGUGUUAGAUUAUGAACUAAAUAUUUAUAUAUAUGUUGAAGGUAUGUUUGAGUUAUUAUGUAUGAAGGGGUUGAUGUUUUAACUCAUGAUCAUAUUAUACAUAGUGCUAUCAAUGGAGAAAGCUGUUCGACUAAAUUACUUUA